GGCAAGCCGAUUGUAGCAAUAUUCAAUAAAGGAAUAUUUCAAUUCAAAGAGCCUAUUUUAGUUCAAUUCAACGAAUAAAUUUUGGUUCAAUACGGUAUUUUUUGGUUCAGCAUCCGAUUUUGCAUUCAAUGCGAUUGCUUCUUCAAUUCAACAGCACAUUUUGCGUUCAACAUUUUCCAUUUCGUUCAAAGCGAUUUAUUUUCGUUCAAAGAUUCAUUGCACAGCGGUUGACCGAAAACUCGUCCCCAGUCUUCAUUCUCACUGGCCUUUUACAGCCCGUCAUUUUCGCGCCAUUUUGAAAAACAACGAGCAGUUGUCAGGUCAGAUAUUCUUGCUAUAAAUGGAUCGCUCAUCUCUUACGAAGUUGUCGUCUUGCCUCGGAGAAGCUUCAGAGCUUGUGAAAAAGAUUUUAGACGACGAGAAUGCUAGCUCUGAGACAUCAAGGCCUGAAACUUCAAGUUCUGGUGGAAAUAGAUUGUUUUCAGCGUUGCAAAGAGCGAGGUCAAUGCUAAACUCGUCACAAUCAAGUACAUCUGGUCUUGGCAAGCGGUUGAAUAAGCGUGAACGAUUACGAGCUACCAGUACAGCCAAUGACCAAGGGCAGAGGAAAAAGGCUAAGAAGGAAGACAUGAAAGCGUUCGAGUUUGUGUUGCUGUCGUUAGGUGAAGAGGACGAAGAUGAGUGGACGAUAUCCGACGACAAGAUCAUGCUUCGCGGGCUUAUUCAACUCUCCCCUGAAUCUUCUGAGGCGGAUAUUCGAAGGAAAUUAGGCGAAGUAACGAGGGUUAAAUUCCCUACUGUUACAGACUCUGACUUCGUUUUUCUAAGAGCCAUUAGAAGAAAGCUGUCGAUUCCAGUGACCUGCGAUUCAUUUGCAUACAAGCAGCUGAAAGUUGUGGCUGGCCAAGGUUCCAUUUAUGUCAAGCUCAAACCAGGCUUUGAAUGCCUGUUAGAAAACAACGACAGCAGUUAUGAUGAAUUGUUAACUUCAUAUAUGGGCAAGAAUGAACAAGUGAAUUACAGCCAGUCCAUCCGAGUAUCAAACAGCCAAUCCACCUCCCAAGUUGAUAAUAGCCAAUCUGCCUGCCAAGUUGACAAUAGCCAAUCCACCCGAGUAGACAACAGCCAAUCCACCGCCCGACUUGGCAAUAGCCAAUCCACUCAAGUAUACAACAGCCAAUCCACCUCCCAACUUGACAAUGGCCAAUCCACCCGAGUAAACAACAGCCAAUCCACCUCCCAAGUUGACAAAAGCCAAUCCACCGUAGUAGACAACAGCCAAUUCACCUCACAAGUUGAAAACAGCCAAUCCACCCAAGUUGACAACAACCAACCCACCUCCCAAGUUUGUCCGGAAAUGGACAAACUUGCUGAAGAAGCUGUGGCCUACUGUCAAGAAAAUAACAUAUCUAAUCCAAGUGAGAUCUUAAGAGUAAUCCAAAACAAGUUUGUCAAAGGACGAAAUCUGGAAGUGCAAAGAGUCGAAGAAGUGUCAGAAGGAAUGACUCAAUACAUCUUAGUUAACAGGAAGAGUAUUCUCGAAACGGCAUUUGAAGAACUAAAAGAGGUUGCUUUAUCAGAUUUACAAAAAACUCUACAAGUGGAUUUUUAUGGGGAGGAAGCUGAGGAUUUAGGCGGCCCAAGAAAAGAAUUUUUCAGACUGGUUCUUUCCGAAAUACAUGCCAAAUAUUUUGAGAAAGGACUGAAAGAUCAUCUGGCGGAAGAUUACCAGAUAGUUGGUAAAAUACUUGGACUAAGUAUCCUCCAAAAUGGAAAAUUGCCUCGUUUUUUGGAAGAGGAGAUCCUGGAAGAAAUAUUUUCCACUUCAUCAAAGCCAAAUUCAGCCAUCCAACACUUGCAAAAUGGUCUCAAAUGUCUUGGAAUACACCAGAUUGGAUGUCAGUUACCAAUGUUCUUGCACUUGUUGAGACGAAACCCAGACCACAUGUUAACAGUGAAGCAGCUGGUACAUUUGCUUAAGCCUGAAUUUAGUCCUGAAGGGUCAAACAGUCGUUCCCUAGAGAACAAAGUGUAUGCAGCAUUUGUAAAAUACAUGAGGGAAGUAGCAAGCGGAAGAAGACAUGGAUUGUCAUUAUCAAGCAUCUUAACAUUUGUGACUGGCACAGAUGAGGAACCUGUUCUUGGUUUCCACAUUCAUCCUAGCAUUCAAUUCCAUGAGGUGCAAGAUUCUUUUUUGCCCUCUGCAAACACCUGUAUUGGCUGUCUCAGGUUGCCAAGGCCAGCACUGAAUGUACAGCUACCUGCCACUGAAGUGCUUUUCUCUUUAUAUGAUAUGGCAUUUCUUAACACAUUUUUUGGCACUAAGUAAAUAGCAGAUUUUAUGUCUGGAUCAUAGUUAUUAUUUCUGUUUGUUUUUGGUUGUUGGCAACAGCAAAUGUUCUGCACAAUAAUUAAUACAAAUAUUAAAAAAUGCCAAUUUUAAAAAUAGUACUAUAGAUGUCAAGAGCAUAGAACAAGGUAUUGUGAUAUUCAUUACAAAGGACUAUUAAUAUAUUAUAUAUAUCUGACCAUAUUCGCAAGAAUAUGCCUGCAGGUUGUCGUCACGGCUGGCUCAGGUGAAUGGCCCAGUCCAUGGACUAUCUGCUGGUGGCUUGCAGGGGGGGCAGGGGAGGGUGUCUCAUACGGACACCUCCUCUUAUUUAGACUUGGCCAUUUGAGUGACAAAUAAUGAGUUUCUUGAGUUGUUUUAGCUUGCUUGAAUGUUCUUUGUUGACAUGGCCCCCGGCUAGAGACACCCCUGUCACGUGCUUGCGUGGGGGGGAUUCUCCUAGCCACAGGGUGGUCAGAACACUCCUGGCCACUGGGACUGUCCUAGAGUCAACUGCGGACAUGCUCUGCGAAUACAGUCAGAUAUACAUUGAAGAUAAUAGGUUUAUCACUGAAGAAAUUGUUACAGUUUAAGAAUUUCAAUAUACAAUGUACAUGUACAUAUUAUUUCAUGGAGAAACUCAAACUCGGAAAAAAAUCACUUUGGAGGUGGAGUGGUCACAUUUAGAUAUGCCUCAAUGUGACACUGUGAUGUUGUUAGUGAAUUCAUACAUGAAAGGAGCUCAGUCACAGUAUUUUGAGUUAUGUUGGCCAUUAGCAAAAUUACCGUUUAACUCAAGGAAACCUGAAAAAUAAGACUUCACAAACUUAAGAUAGAAAAACACCACCAAGACAAUAAUAUACCACAAAGGAACAAGGAUGGUUAAAUAUAGAAGACUAACACGGAUUGCAAACUUUUCAAACUGUUUAGCCGUGACUGUGCUCCUUUAAUGUGACAGCAUGCUGUUAGUGAGUUCACAUGUGCCAGUCAGAACUUGGCUGUGUUGCCAUGUAAGACCCACAGACUGGCCCUUGCUCACUAUUGAGUCUCCGGUAGUGGUUAGAGCAUCCGACUAGAUCAUGGAGGGUCGGGUUCAAAUCCCAUCUGGGAGUCAGAUUUUUCCCGAGUUUGUGUUUCUCCAUGUAUUUAAAUUCGAUAUUUGUUCUUUUAAUAUACACUUUAUUUCAUCAUGUUGUGAAGAACUUUAUAUAAUGACGUCUAUGAUAUUCAAAAAAGUGCUUCUUGCUUUUUAUUUUACUCCCUUUCAUAAAGUGCUUGCAUUAAGCCAAUGAAACAAACAGCACUAUUUUACUAAGUAUUGAUAAUUAGAAGAAAACAAAAGAUUUAUUAGGAACUAAAACUAUUUAGUACUACAUUAUGCUCAUUGGUUGAGUGGGAGCACUUUGAAAAAUUCAAAAAAAUAGACUUUUAUUGGUGUUUUUAUUCUGUGGUACAUGUGAUUAAUAAAGAUCGCUUAAAUACAUGGUAA